GCCCUGUGAGUUUCCUUUUCCCCUGUGAUGAGUUUCGGUUUUCUGGCUCUGGGCAUAAAAGUUCUUUCUCUUCUGCCUUCAGCUCAGCCAUUAGCUGUCUUCUCAGCAGCCAGCCAGAGCAAUGGGAAACUGGGGGUCCCAUCUCUAUGACCAGCCUCCUCAGAAACUGGGAGAGUUUGUCCAGAACAACCUGAGACCCUCUGAAGACUGUCAGAAACAGAUCGACCAGACCGUGGACGCCAUCUGCAAAGUCCUGCAGGAUGCUGAGAAGUUGCCCCUGGUGAUAAGCGUGGCCAGAGGUGGCUCGUACGGCCGGAAAACAGUCUUGAGGGGCAACUCUGAUGGUUCCCUUGUCAUCUUCAUCAGUGACCUUGAGAAAUUCCAGGAUCAGAGUAAAAACCACUCUGAGCUCCUCAACCAAAUCUGGGCACAGUUGAAAUACUGUCAGCUCACAAGGAAGCUGGAAGCCAAGAUGGAGAUCCAGAACUUCAACAGUGGGCCCACCACCAUCCAGCUGUUCACUAAAGAGCAGAGCAUCACUUUCAAGAUCCUGCCCGCCUUCAAUGCUCUAGGCUUAAGUGAGAAGCCCAGCCCCUGGACCUAUCGAGACCUCAAAAGAUCCUUGGAUAUGAUGAAAGCCAGCCCUGGCGAGUUCUCAGUCUGCUUCACUGAACUCCAGGAGAGGUUUUUUAAUAACCUUCCCAGAAAACUGAAGGAUUUGAUCCUCUUGGUAAAGUACUGGUAUCAACAGUGCCAGGAAAAGCUGCCGGUUUCAUUCCAGCUGCCGGUGUAUGCUCUGGAGCUGCUCACAGUCUACGCGUGGGAACAGGGCUGUGGAGCAGAAGACUUUGACAUAGCUGAAGGCCUCAGGACGGUCCUGGGGCUCAUCAGGAAGCCAAGAGAGCUGUGUGUCUACUGGACAGUCAACUACAACUUCGAAGAUGAGACCGUGCGCAACGUCCUGCUGGGCCAGCUCAGGGCGCCAAGGCCAGUAAUCCUGGAUCCAACGGACCCAACCAAUAACGUGAGCCAAGAUAAUUCGUGCUGGCACCUGCUAAAACUAGAAGCUGAAACCUGGUUGUCUUUUCUGAACGAGUCACCUGGACCAUCUUGGAAUGUUCUGCCUGCAUCACUCUACUCGACCCCAGGCCAUCAUCUCGAUAAGUUCAUCAAGGACUUUCUCCAGCCGGACAAGACUUUCUUAGAUCAGACCAAGAAGGCCGUGGACAUCAUCUGUAAAUUCCUUAAAGAAAAUUGCUUCCGCCAUUCGGCUACAAAGGUUCAGAAGAUUGUCAAGGGGGGAUCAACUGCCAAAGGCACAGCUCUGAAGAACUCCGAUGCUGACCUCGUCGUGUUCACAGAUUUGCUGAAAAGCUACACCUCCCAAAAAAAUGAGAGAUGCACCAUCAUCAAGGAAAUCCACAAGCAGCUGGAAGCCUGUCAGCAGGCGCAGGAUUUUGAAGUGACGUUUGAGAUCUCAAAAUGGAAGGCUCCCAGGGUGCUGAGCUUCUCUCUGAAAUCCAAAGUCCUCAACGAGUGCGUACACUUCGAUGUGCUGCCUGCGUUUAACGCACUAGGUGACCUGAAGUCCGGCUCUGCACCCAGCCCCAAGAUCUAUGCUGAGCUCAUCUCCUUAUAUAAAUCCUCAGACACCCUGGGGGGAGAAUUUUCUACCUGUUUCACGAAGCUGCAGCGCAAUUUUGUUCGCUCCCAGCCCACCAAACUGAAGGAUUUAAUUCGCCUGGUGAAGCACUGGUACAAAUGGUGUGAACGCAAACUGAAUCAAAAGGGGUCUCUGCCCCCGAAGUAUGCCUUGGAGCUGCUCACCAUCUAUGCCUGGGAGAAGGGGAGCAGGGUCCCGAACUUUGACACGGCUGAAGGUUUCCUGACGGUCCUGAAGUUGAUCACAGAAUAUCAGCACCUCUGCAUCUUUUGGACGGUCAACUACAACUAUGACAAUGAGAUCGUGAGGAACUUCCUCCUGGCCCAGAUGCAGAGAACCAGGCCCGUGAUCUUGGACCCCGCUGAUCCCACUGCCGACGUCGGCGGAGGGAACCGCUGGUGUUGGCAUCUUCUAGCAAAAGAGGCUACUGAAUGGUUGUCUUCUCUCUGCUUCCAAGAUGGGAGUGGAUAUCUUAUACAGUCGUGGGACGUGCCAGCAGUACAGACACCAGGAAGCUGUGGAGCAGGGCUAUAUCCUCUUGUCAGUGAGCUGCUCUUUAGACGUUGGAGAUUCAUGGACUGAUAGUGCUGGAAGAAACCUCUAGAGGCCAUCAGGCAGUUGCUUUUAAAGACUCGGUUCACUGUGUGACAGAGUGACCCAGCUCCAUCCUCCCUUGAUGCCCCUACUCCUUCUCUUGCUUCUCUGACUCCUCUUGAAUUCAGACCGCCACACCCUGCCUUGUGUCACCUCCCUUAUGGCAAGUACCAGCUCUCAUCCAGCUUUAUGUGCCCUGGUCUUGUCAACCAUGCUAUGUUUUCCCAGUUGACUCCUUCCUCUUCCUUCAAGUCUCAGCAGAGGGUUCUCCCUGUAUUCCCGGAAGUGCAUUUUACCCAGCCCCUGGUUCCCCUAAUGCCAUGGUCUCUUUCCCUCUGCACACAAAACCCCGUCUGCCCCUGCCCAGUCGAGGUCUCCUAAACCAGUAAAGAGCCAGGCUUUUCUUACACCUGCACUCUCCAAAGGCUUGCAUCAUAACGGUUGAUAGACGCAUAUAUCAGCAGUUGUUUUAGAUGUACAUAAAAGAUACUUUGAAUAUAUAACAUACAUAUAAUUGUUGUCUUUUCCUUCUGAGCCUCCCUUUUCUGCCCCAUCCUUGAGUAUCUUCUUGCCAAAUCCAAAGGCUUUGUCCUCCGGCUUUAGCUUCCAGGGUAUUUGAAGGUCUAAGUGUGUUAACCUCAUGUAUCCACUUACCUUUUCACGUACCAGCUGUCAUAAGCACACAUAGAUCUGGUCUUUGUCCCCAGUUCCUGGCACAGAGCUUCUAAAACCCUUGGACUCUCCUGAUAGGAGUGUGUUGUGUAUUCAUAAGGCACCCCUCCCAACCCCCCUGAGUUAUGCUAACGAGGUAUGGGCCCUUAGAUAGUUUCAAGAGAGGGGUUGGCAGUGCCAGAAAUGCCAAGCCUGUGAUGAGAGAGCAGAAACUUUCAGCUGUGUCCCCACCCCCACCCCCAGCCUCCUAACGGGGUGGGGGGGGGAGGCUGGAGAUUGAGUCUAAGCACAUAGCCAGUGAUUUAGUCACUCGUGCCUUUGUGAUGAAGGCCUGUUUAAAAACUCUUGGGAUGACAAGCCUUUCUGGUUGGUGAGCAUCGGGAGGAAGGCACACCCUGACUCUAAGAGGAAGGGAGCUUCUGUGCUCAAACGCCUUCCAGCCCUCGCCCCUGUGUCUCUCUUCAUCUGGCUGUUCACUGGUAUCCUCUAUAAUAAAAUGUGAUUGUACAGAUA